GUUAUGACGUGACGUCAGUCUACGAUCCGUCUCAGCUGACAGGAAAAUACAUUCGAAGAAAAAACACAUUGCACAGAAAUACAGCAUUCGUUGUCACCAUACUAUUCCAUCAUGGGAGGGGCUGUGAGUGCUGGCGAAAGCAAUGACGAUUUAAUUGACAACCUUAUGGAAGCAGAUUACAUAAAGACUCCACUCAUUGAGAAAGUAUUCAGGGCUGUGGACAGAGCAGACUAUUAUUUACCAGAACACAGGAGCAAUGCAUACAAGGACUUGGCAUGGAAGCAUGGGAAUCUCCAUCUGUCUGCCCCAUGUAUCUACUCGGAGGUGAUGGAAUCUUUAGACUUGCACCCUGGCCAAUCUUUCCUCAAUCUUGGCAGUGGCACAGGCUACCUUAGUACCAUGGCAGGACUUAUUUUAGGUUCUUAUGGAGUUAACCAUGGUAUAGAAAUUCAUGCAGACGUGGUAGAUUAUGCAAAACAGAAGAUUGAACAGUUUAAAGAGAAGUGCACAAAUUUUGAUGAGUUUGACUUUUGUGAGCCAGUUUUCACUGUUGGAAAUUGCCUUCUCAUCAAUUCCAGCUGCCCUCUCUAUGACAGAGUUUACUGUGGGGCAGCAUGUUCUCCAGAGCAUGAAACUUAUAUAAAGAACCUGAUUAAGAUUGGGGGAACUCUUGUCAUGCCUUUCCAUGAUCAGCUUCUUCAGAUAACCAGAGCUGGUGAAAGAAGAUGGGAGAGUAGGAGUGUCCUUCCAGUUUCUUUUGCCACUCUCAUUCAACCUGAGAGAGAGCAGUAUGCAAAUAUGAUUGAUAUGCCUGAGGUGAACCCUUUAUCUCUUCAAGAAGCAUGUCGCUGUGGCAUAAGAAGAAUACUGCGCUCCAAUAUCAACAUAUUACAUCCAAACCUAAGCACAAGAAAACGUAGAAAACCAAAAUGCCCCAAACGUCCCCGACAUCAUCGACAUGUCAAUAUUGUUCCAAUGAGCAUGGGUAUGAUGAUCUUGGGCAGAUUUGAUGAUGAUGAUGAAAAUAAUGAGAGCAGUGGGCCAGAUGUUUGGCUAAGAAGAGGUGAAAGGUCUUCUGAUGAAGAGGUAGUCAGUAAUGGAACCACAGAUGAUGAACAGGAAAGAGAAAAUGAAACGGUUGAAAGUGGUGAAGGGGAGUGUGAUAAUGGUAAAGAAUCUAAAGAUGAUGAAGUGGAAGAGAAAUAUGAUCAUAAUGAAAAAGGAGAUGAGAAGGAAGAUGAUGCUCAGAUUAGUGAAGAAGAAAUGGAGGUCGAAUUAACUGGGAGAGGUGCGGGGACAAAUGGUAAAAAAUCCAAACCAAAGUUGAUAAAAGCUGUAAACUCCUCAAGAAAAGGGCAUACGUCAUCAUCUUCUUCAAGCUCAUCUGAGUCUGGAGUGGAGUUUCCCGAAUUAAACCCAUCAAGUUUAGAAUCUGAGCAUCUCUUGUCGCCUAGACCCUUUAGAAUGCCAUCAGACAGACAGCGAGUAAGUACCAGCAGUGAUUACCAUUCUGACAGUGAAGCUAAGCUCACCCCAGACAGUGCCAAUAUAGAGCGUCCAGAGUUCUUCAAGACCAUUGAAGAGCAGGAUGAAAAAAUGGACUAUGGUGGCACUGAGAAUGACAAAUGCACUGAAGACGAUAAUGAGGAUCAAGAUAAUAACUCGCCAAGAAUGACCUAUAAGGACUUGAUGAAAGAAAGAGUUAAUAGCCUUCCUAUACCAGAGGCUCUGAAAAAAUAUGUUAUGUAUUACAGAGAGUGAAUAUGGAUGUGUGAGGCCAAUCAUAUGGCCAGCGCCAAUUUAUCACGCUGGAGGGCAACCUCAGGAAGUCCCAACUUUAGGCAGUCAAGCAUUUGUCUCAGGACAGUCUGAGAAUAGCAGUGACACUGAAGCUGGUGAAUAGAAGCAAUACAUUUGAACCAUCUGCUGAUUGACAUCAAAGCUUUUAUUUUUCAAACAUGACACUUCCACCAACUCCUCUUUGGUGUUAGUUGCAUAGUGGCUUUUUGUGCUUAUUUGUCAAUAUUUAUCUCAGUGAAUUGCUUUGCGAAAACAAACAGAAAUGCAUUACAGAGCAUUUUGCCACCAAAUAAAAAAACAGUAAUGUUCGCAUGUGGGACAGAGGUUUAAGUACUUAUUAUCUGAUAACCUAUUGCUUGCUGACACUGUUAAGUUCUCAUUUCUAUUUGGAUGUCCAGGAUGUCCAAAACGGUUGGUUUGUGAAAUGAACACCACAUUUAUAACUGAGAGGAAUGUGUGUGAAGUGUCCCUUUUCCCCGUAAAGGGAUUUUGUCACUUGGCAGUAAAAUAACUGUUAACCAUCUCUACAUUUUAAGAAGCUCAAAAGGCCAUUGUGUCUUAUGCUUUGAGGUGACAUUUUAUCAGCAUUACUGUUGCCUUUACUUGGGUGCCAAUCCAUACAAAACCCUCCAAACGUUGUUAGUCUCAUGACUGUGUAAGAUGGUUAUUGAUUUAAUAUUGACUAUUGUAUGCUUCGUGAACAUGGUGGAAGGGAAUGCAGUAUAAAAAUGUAAACAGGACAAAUUUUCUGCUGCUUGAUCAUGCCCUGAUUUGUGACCAUAUUAUUGAAAUAAGGCUUUUGUCUUAAUGUAUAUGGAAGUAUGUAACAUCUGUAUUAAUCACUUAUAAUCAUUAACACAUUAACAAAUGUUUAUAAUAAAUUAACCAAUCCAAACUGUGCAUAGUGGAGACAUUGGACUGGCAUGAUUUUGAUCAUUUCAUCAUUUCAUUUAAAGAGUUUAUUAUACAGAUCUUUUUUUUUUCUUUUUUUUUUUGAAUAGAUGCCUGUCAUGAUUUUUCAGUAUAAACUUGGUUUGGAUGUAGGCUGGUUAGUAGGCUUUUAUGUCUGGAGAAACGUGAAAACUUUUCUUUAGUUUGAACACUGCAGACCAUGUAAGUUGCAACCUGUUGUAUUAUUUUUUGAAAAUUUGAUUUGAAAAAAAAAAAUGUUAUGUUAAAACUUAAUAUUUGUGUUAUUAUUAAAUAUCACUUUAAGUAUAUAAAUUUAUUAUAUUGCUUAGUGUUCUAUUUACUUUUGGAAAGCUAUGCAUGUUAAUGCAUGUUUGGUUUAGUCAAUUGUAACAAAUUAUGCCUUGAUAUUUGAGAAUAAAUACAAACGA